GGUCUGGGGACAAGUUUUAUUAUCUGUGGAUUUUACAAUGAUUCACAGUUUGUUUAUCAUCAACCAUUCAGGGGAUAUAUUUCUGGAAAAACAUUGGAGAAGUGUUUUGGGACGCUCUGUUUGUGAUUAUUUCUUCGAAGCUCAAGGAAAGGCUACUUCUCCAGAAGACAUUCCUCCUGUAAUUGCAACAGGAUUCAGUUAUCUCAUCAGUAUAUUUCGCCAUGAUCUCUUCUUUGUUUCUGUUGUUGAAAAUGAAGUUCCACCUUUGUUUGUAAUUGAAUUUCUUCAUCGAGUGGUUGACUUGAUCAAAGAGUAUUUCUCUGACUGUACUGAAGCAAUCAUUAAAGAAAAUUGUGUCAUUGUAUAUGAGUUAUUGGAAGAGAUGUUGGAUAAUGGAUUCCCUCUUGCUACAGAGUCAAAUGACCUUAAAGAGUUGAUAAGACCUCCUAGUAUAGUUAGAAAUGUUGUUAAUAAAGUGACUGGAGAUAGCAAUAUGAGCAGUCAUCUCCCAACUGGUCAAUUGUCCAAUGUUCCAUGGAGGAGAACUGGUGUAAAAUAUGCAAAUAAUGAGAUUUACUUUGAUGUAGCCGAAAGCAUUGAUGCCAUCAUUGAUAAACAGGGCUCCACCAUAUUUUCAGAAAUACAAGGAACUAUUGACUGCAACUGUAAAUUAUCUGGCAUGCCUGAUCUCAACAUGUGUUUUACAAAUCCUCGUAUCCUUGAAGAUGUCAGUUUUCAUCCUUGUCUUCGCUUCAGAAGAUGGGAGUCUGAACGAAUUUUGUCAUUCGUCCCCCCGGAUGGUCGUUUUCGUUUAAUAUCAUAUAACGUGGCAACCGGAGUAAAUAUGCUACCAUUGUUUGCAAAGCCUCGUGUCUUGUUUCAAGAGGGUGGAAGUGGAAGAUUUGAAUUGUCGAUAAGUUCAAAACCAGUUAUGGGUAAAAAUAUCGAGAAUGUUGUCGUGACUGUUCCAUUUCCUAAACAAGUUCUCAACCUUAACUUGACUACAAACGUUGGUACCUAUUCAUUUGAUCCAAUCAAAAAAGAGCUUUCAUGGGAGAUCGGUAAAAUACAAUCUCAGACACCUCCACCUAACAUUAAAGGAAAUAUAAACCAAAAGAUACUUGGACGUGGAAACAUUUUGAGAAAUUUUGAUGUAAAGAUAAUUUUCUUGUCAUUUAAAAAUGUUCUAAUUUUUUUGUACACGUUGUGAAUUGUUGAUAUCUUACAGUGUAUGGUUGUUAGCUCCCUAAUUAAACAUUCUACACAUCUA